CCUCCCUCACCACCUCCCCUCCAGUGCCUAGGCUGGCGGCGGAGAGACGCGGAGCUUUUUUAUCUGCAGACUUGGAGGGAGGGACCUUGAUCCCGCAGAUCUUACCCGAAGGGAGCGAAGGGAGCGCUCUACCCGGUGGCGCCCACGGUCCGCCGAAUUUUGCCUCCGCGUCCGCGCCAGCCCCGAGCCCACGGCGGCAGACUUGUGUCCCGGCACAGCUAGAGGAUGGUCAUCCGCGUGUUCAUUGCCUCCUCCUCGGGCUUUGUGGCGAUAAAGAAGAAGCAGCAAGACGUGGUUAGAUUUCUGGAAGCCAACAAGAUAGAGUUUGAGGAGGUGGAUAUCACAAUGUCAGAAGAACAGAGGCAGUGGAUGUACAAAAACAUCCCCCCAGAAAAGAAGCCUGCUCAGGGCAACCCUCUGCCACCUCAGAUAUUUAAUGGUGACCGGUACUGUGGAGAUUAUGACAGUUUUUUUGAAUCAAAGGAAAGCAACACAGUCUUUUCAUUCUUAGGCCUGAAAUCACGGUUGGCAUCAAAGGCAGAACCUUAGAGAAGACGAGUGGAAGAUGAUGGAGAUGCAUUUUGGAGCACCCCCUGGUACCCAGCACACACCUGCUUACCUAAUGCAUCACUGUGACAAAAGCCACAUUCAUCAUCAGUAACUUUGCUUGCAUUUGGAAAAGGUGUUUUUGGAAGACGUGGGUAUAAUGGGAUUGCAUGAUUGCUUUAAACCAAAUCAGAACUGUGGUGGGUUUUUCCUUAUUUUCAGAAUUGCCUGCAGUUGCCUCACUCACCUGGAGGGACUAUACCCUGUUACAGGUGUGUUUCCUUAAUGACUGAAAGAUAAAUAAGUGGCACCAUCAGAGAGAAAAUGCUGGAUCUGCCCUAGGUUAUAGUUGAUGCCAGUAUUGCCUGCUUCUCUUUAAGCUGCCUGGAUUGUAUCCUUAAAAUUAGUCUGCUGGGCUAUUAAAAUGUAUUGAUCAAAAAGAAAAAAAAGCUGGUUGAUAAAGGGAUGAGGAUUUUUGCUACAGAAUCACAAAUGUCACUAUUCUAGUGCUUUGUGAUAGCAACUACAGAAAAAAGUUGAAUGUUCUAGCCUCCUUCUGGUAAUAUAAACCUUACCCCUUUAAAUCCUCCAAGCUCCUACACGUUUCCAGAAAUCACUAUUAAAACAGUGUGUUCAGAACCAAGGUAUAGGGACGGAAAUAAUUGCUAUUUUGGAAAAUAGAUGCUGUUUUAUCUCUUGCAAGGGGAAUGCUUCAUCUAAAUGCAUAAGACUGCUUAAAAGAUGUAUUUUUUAAGAGCUGCACUAAUUAGAUAGUAAAUUUAUAAGGAAAGUAUCUGACUCAUACCUGAAGGCAUUUUGAGCUCUAGCAACUUAUACGUAAGUGCACACAUCAGUAUAUUUUUAAAUGCAGCUACCCUAACAGCUGCUUACUCUAUUUUGUGAAGGGAUUAUAUUUUUUUUUUUAGAAAGGAAGAUCUUGGUUGGAUAUAUUUUAUGAACCCCUGAUGAGGCAUAUCAAAAGAUACUAAUAUUGCUGCACAAUUUAAUUUUUUUCCUGUCUUACUUUCCAUUGGUUCUCUAACUUUGCUAGUUUAUGUUUCUGGCCAAUACAUAGUCCCAGAUUUUUCAGAGUAAUGUGGACACAUGUUCUCACUCCAUAGAUAAGCUCAGUGAGUUUUCAGAGCAGCAUUCAUGAGAAAGGGGCUGUUGGAGAUAAAUCUGAAUUAUACUUGGCAUGUAAAACCUUUACUCCCUUUGGAGUGGAUGCUUAUAAACACUGAACAUGUCAAUUGUAUUAGGGCAGAGGCUACUUUUAUGCUUCCUUGUCCCUGUUUACAUUUUCUACAGUUUUCAGUUGCCAAACAUGGGAACAGUCUUGAUUGACUAGGGAUCAACUAUCAGAGGAUUGCCUAAAAUGUUCUGCUAUUCUCAGCAUCGUGAUGCUAGACCUGCCAUUUAGAUUAUGAGUAGGAAGUUUAUGAGAAAUUGAAAGAACAGAAGUGUUAAAGCCUUGUCUCGUACGUUCUCUCACCCUUCAACUUGCUGAAUGUGGACUUGCUAAAAGCUAAAGCCGAAAUCCCAGCCUGAGACUUGCAGCCCAGAACUACAACCAGAAGCAAAGUAUGCCACAGACUUCUACUUGGCUGGAACAGAUACAUGAUUGGCAGUUUUUUGUGUAAGGAAAGCUGUUGUGAAAUCAUGGGUAUUACUGCUUAGUUGGCAUUAAAUAAGAUCCAGGUCAAAUUCCAUUUGAUAAAUCCCAGGGACUAUCCAGGAAUUUUUUUUAACUGGAUAAUGUGUCUGAGUAUACGAGUCUUCUGAUAAGACAGAAUUUCUUUUUAAGCUACAGCAAUUAAAGUUUUUUAAUUAUAGUAGUGAUCUAAUUUAUGUUGUCUACUCUUGCCAGUGAGCACCAAGAACCAACUUGUGAAGACUGAGGGUUUGUAAGUUAAAUUCUGGGGUCAUAGGAUCAAUGCAAUACUUGCUAAACAAAGAUUUUUCUGAAAACUUUUGAAUGACUGUGGCUAUGGUAGACCCAGGGUGAUUCUCCUAAACAGACUAGAUGAUAGUAGUGCUAAGUUACUACAACAGUUACACACCUUCUACCCCUCACCCCACUUUUUUUUUUAAAUCAGCAAAGAAAUAGGAGAGAUCAGCAUCAGCCGGUGCUGUACUUGUUCUGAGUGAGCUAGAAGCAUACCCAGGCCCUGCAGAGUUCUGAGGGGUUGCGCUCUGGGACCACACUGUCAUCAGAGAAUAUUGUGUCCUUCCUCUCACUGUUGUACCAGAUAAAUUUCAAACACGUAAUGAUUUUCAUGUUCCCUUCUUUAACUAGCCACCUUUAGAUUCAGAUAAUCACAGUCUUAACAGCCUAGGAAGGAAAGUGGCUGAGAAUUGCAGGCAUAGGUGUAAUUUCAAGGGCAUUUCAAAACAGAAUCUUUAUUUCCUGUAAGACACUUGUUGGGACCAUGGAAAUGUGCUGCCAGAAGUCAGAGUAUGCUGUUUCAAACUUAGCUAAAAUACAGAGUGCCAUCCUGCUAGGUGUAUGCAGACCAGAAGCAAAUUUAGUUGGGGAAGUACUUGUUUUUUCCAAAUUCUGGUGUUCUACUAAAAUCAAAGAGGAAAAAAGGAAGAUUUUUUUCCUCAGAAUUUAAUAUAUUUUAGAUUUGUUUCUGUUUUAUAGAUUUAUUCAACAUCCCAUGUAGAUGUUUUUGUAUUACAUGAAUUUAUAAUGAACUAAACCUAUUUUUUCCUCUGUCAUUGAAAGGUACCAAAGUGUCCUUUUGUUUCGUUUGUUUCGGUAUUUUAAAAUUUGAUUUUGCUGUAGAGGGUUUUGCUUUUCUUAGAAAUGCUUUUCAUUUAGCAGUUUUUCUUAAGUGUCAGGGCCCACCUCGAUUUACAUAAUUGUUAUUUUUACAUUUCACUUUGUAUGAGAUUGUUCUAAAGGCAUUGGUGAAGUCUCAGAUUUUAUAUUCAUUAUUAAAGAGGAAUAAAUUCCAGAAAACACAUCUUCUGAAAAUGGAGUGUUUGUUCCCUGCCAUUUCUUACACCUUUUCUAAUUUUAGCCCUGUGUGUGGCUGAAACCUUCCUGUUGAGUUGGGGUUUCCACUCCCAUUUGGGGACCCCAUAGCUGCAGAUCCAUUGUAAAAAUGCAGACGUGUCAUUGGACCAUUUGAGGAGAUGUGGGCUGUGUGUGUGUGCACAUGCGCAUGCAUGUGUGUGUUGGGAGGUGACCACAGAGUCAUCUCAGACAGCAACCAGGGCCAAGAAUGGCAUCAAGUCACUGGUCCUUUGGUUGGUUUGACUAACGACUGUGGUUUCCUGAGUAUACUGAAUCCCCAGGCUACUGGAUUUGUCCUCCCUGCUGGGGGCAGAAACUAAGUGCAGGGUAGCUGCCACCCUCAAUAGGGGGGCCCUCUUUGGUACAGCCAUCUCUGAAAGCAGAAGAAAACAUUUCUGAAGGCAGCGUCCAAAGUUGAUCUCAUCACUGAACUACUUCCAACCUUGAACACCAAGACGGGGAGGGUGAAGGAGGAGAUAAAAGAGUAAAAGAGAACAGGCCGUAAGUUUGUGGAAUGUGCUGAAGUGUGAAACCAGAUAAGCCACCCACUUGUAACCCUGACUUUCAAAGUUUUCCCAGUUCUCCCAGAAAUGCAGGUCAGGUUAGUUUAGUCAUCUUUUCAGUCAGCCCUCAGAAUGUUAUGGGCACUGUCUGAGCCAGGACCGUAGUCUCCACACUGAAGGAUGAGAGAAACAGAUGCAAAAAUUGCAGUCACGGCGGAGUGGUGAGAGUUGAGGUGAGUGUGUGGCGCUCCAGGUGAUGGGCAUUAUCUGAAAGGUGAUGGAUAAUCUUUUUCUGUGUUUGUUACAACCACUCCAAUUUAAAACUAUAUCAUAUAUGCAAUGGAACAUAUAUGCAUACACAUAUAAUAUAUAUAUAUAUAGGUGCAUGUAAAGAGUGAUAAACCCAUGUGCCUGCCACCAGCUUACUGCCUUUCCAUUCAAGCACCGUGAGCUCUCCUCUGACCCCAGCCAAUCCUAGUUUGACAGCAGAGCCCCUCUCCUGAGCUCUUUGUUGAUCAUAGCCUUUCUGUCCUUUUAAAUUUUACCUCUAUGUAUGUAUCCUUAAAUAAUAAUAAAUAAAAUUAAACUAUUCUUUUCACUUAUUUUGUAUGUCCAUUGCAAUUGGGUAUUAUCAUUUUGAAACAAGUACCCUAGUGGUUUAUUUUCACUGUUAAGUUUUAUUUCACUGUAUAGCUGUGUCACAAUUUUUCCCUUCUGUUGCUGGAUGUUGAACUGCAUCUUUUAAACAGAAAAGGAAAUGUUACUGUGAACAUUUUUAUGUGAUUUCUGAUGCACAUACACAAGUGUGGAUGUAUACCUUGAGUAGAAUUGGUGUGUCAUAUAAUAAAACAUACCCUCAGCUUCAA